AUGGCAGCUCUUGUGAGAAACUUACGAGUUAGAAACAGUCUCGCUCCCCUACUUCGAAGUGUAUUGGGUGAUGGCCUGCCCUCGACAGUGACACGUUCUACCUAUGCGCUACAUAGGCUUGGCUAUGCUACAACAGCAGUCGGAAAUACUGAAGAUAAGCAAGAGAUCGAAUUAUAUCCCCAAAAGCAACCGCAGACACAAUCGUUAGUUCCACCUGGUUUCAAUACUCCUGCUAUACCGGCUGAAGGGGAGGGAAACGACGUUUCAGAUGCUAGUAAAGAUUGGUCAAAGUCUUUUUAUGGAUUAUCUGAUGAAGCCUUUCCCAAGGAGACGAGAGAUAUAUUGUUGGCGCCAUUAGAUCAUAUGGACAUUGAAUGUAAACCUGAUGGAAUGAUUUACUUGCCCGAGAUCAAAUAUCGUCGCGUGCUUAAUAAGGCAUUUGGUCCUGGAGGGUGGGGCCUUGCGCCGCGUGGAGAAACUUCUGUCGGUCCAAGGACAAUCUCACGUGAAUAUGCACUAGUUUGUUUGGGACGGCUAGUGUCUUUGGCUCGCGGAGAAUCAGAAUAUUUUGAUCCCUCAGGACUUGCUACAGCGGCCGAGUCAACAAAAAGUAACGCUUUGAUGAGAUGUUGCAAAGAUUUGGGAAUCGCAUCGGAAUUAUGGGAUCCCCGAUUUAUCCGUGAAUUCAAAAAGAAUUACUGCGAGGAAGUAUUUGUAGAGUACAUUCCGCAUAAGAAGAAGAAAAAGAUUUGGAAGAGAAGAGAUAAUCCGAUCGAAUACCCGUACGCCAGAGUUUGA